GAGAGGAAGGUAAGGGUGGAUGACGGAGCGAUAGACGGGAGGAAAGAGAAUAACGGCGUUUAGUAAUUCCAGAGUCAUGGCUUGUGCGAUGGAAUAGAGAUAGAGAUCAAGAAGAACUAGUUCUCUAUAUCUUUCUGGAAAUUAGGUAAUUUUGUUCGUAUUACGUUUUGUGCGUUUUGUUUUAUUGCCGGAUUUUCCUGAUGAAUAUGUUGUUUUGUUUCUAAGGUACUAACUAGAUCCAAGAUGUGACCCCAUAUGUUUACAAACCCCUUAGAAAAACACCAGAAUAAUAAUAAGGACAUAAAAACUAUCCCACCAUGCACCCCUCCUCUCGUCCCUCUGUGCCCCCACGGUCCCGCAGGUUUGACAAUAGGCGCACAGAGGUAAAACCAAGCCAAGGGGCUAAGAGGGAGGACAAAAUCAUGAACAUGGCAUCUUCAUUCCCUCGCCGUGGCACUCGAGGACCACCUGAGUCUUCCAGGUUAAAGGGCCCUGGUCAAGGUGCACGAGCUCCUGUGGUUCAGUCCAAACUGGUGCGGCCAAAGAAGAAUGGUGCUCACGCAAUACCAGCAAUCUCAAAACCAAAAAGUGGACACACUGUUUCAAACCCAGUCCCAGCUGUGGAUCCAAACUAUAAUGAGCCAAGCCUACCUUGUCUGUGUUGUGAUGGCCCUUCACCUCAGGAUAUCAACAGCCUUUUUAAUCACAACCAUAACAACAAUAACACUGUAAACAUCGGGCAACAAAUGAAGCUGCCACCGCCACAGAAGGAAUUGGUAGUGCCAAAACAAGACAUCAAAGAAGAUGAGUGUAAGCCAGAAGUAAUACAACCUAAUCUUAUCCCAGUGGAAGAGAGAGAGGAGGAAAAUGGCAUUGUGGAUGAAAAAGAGGGUGGUGAGCUCAAAAAUGAUGACUGUAGUGUAAAAGUGAAUGCUAAUGUUGAUGAGAAUGGCAACGGCAAUUGUAAUGGUGAAGAUGAUGAAGAUGAUGACGAUGAAGAUGAUGAAGAUGAUGAUACUCUUGUCCCUUCUUCCUGCAACUGUCCAGAAUCCAUGCUGGACUUCUCCCUCACAUCUUCUACCUCAUCUUCAUCUACAUCCAUCAGCAGCUGCUCUGAUCUGGAGUGUGACUGCCCUGAAACAUUUUCAUUGUCAUCACAGGACCAAGAGGCAACUGAACGCUAUCCAUCGUCUUGUUCCCUGGAUACCAACUGCCCUGCCUUUCAGUCCAGUGUCUUACCACUGGAUCUCAACACUUCUGCAAGAUCGCCUUGCUCUUCUGAUGAAGGCUAUCCCUCAGCCCCGUGCACUCCAUCCUCUGACUACAUAGACAGCAAGGGAUCAGAAGAAGGAAAAUGUAAUAAAGUGGAUCUCCUACAUUUUUUAGACUCCAUAGAAGAGUUGGGAAAAAUGGAUCUGUUCUACCGCAUUGCUAGGCUGGCAUGCUGGGAACUGGAUGGUGAGCUGAUUGUCAGAGAUAGAUUGGAUCACCAGCAGAAGCUUCAGAGGGUUAACAAAGAGGUAAAGUUGGCUUAUCUUGUGAAACUUCAGGAGGAAGGGUUAGACUUUGACGAUGAGGAUAUCACUGGAGUUUUGGAUGAAAUGGGGAAUAUUGAAAUUCCAUGGAAGUUGUAUAAAAGCAACAAAUCAAGUGAAUCCCAGGAAUUUUCUGAUGCAGGGGUAGAUCUGACAGUUCCUUCUGACCUUGAUGAAACCCCUGCCUCUGAUUCACUUGCUCCAUCACCACUGGAUCCUCCUCCUCGGCCCCCGAAACCUCCAACAAGGCAUGUGAGUGCCCAUCCAGAAUCACACACUUACGAGAACAUCAGCAGACAACAUGUCUUCUCAGUCUCAUCCACCGAUGAUGCUACAAGUAUCCCUGUCCCUGCCUUGCCUGUGCUUUCAUCCUCAUCCUCACCCCCACUCCUGAAACCUCCUGUCCUUCCUCCACUGCCAUCACAGCCUGUGCCCUACUUCACCCUAAAUACAGUCAGACCUGCUCUUACCUCCCCCACCCCACCAAUUCCUCCUCCAAGAAGAAGGCAUAAAGCCCGUCUAGAGGCUCAGAGACUUGCUGAGCUUGAAAGAGAAAAGGCUCCUCUGUCUUUUCCACCACCAAUGUCUAGACCUCCUCCAUUGCCACCUCCACCUGUGAUGUCCUCUCCUCCAGCUAUUCCACCUCCACCAUCACUCUCGCCACCUCCAUCUUUUCAUGCUCUGGAUGUGGAAAUCCGAAAGUUGCUUGCACUGGCAGGCCUCACCCAGGCUGAAUUGCUUAAACUUAGUCCCGAGUUGGGUGUCUGUGUAGAUGUUGUCUUGGAGAAUGAGCAACAGCCUAUGUCUGAUGUCUCUCAGAUUAGAGAAAUCAGUUUAAACAGGACACACAAGGAAGAAAGUAAGGAUAUUCCAGAUAAGGGAUAUUCCAGUUUGGAGGAAGGAUUUGGGAAAGACAGGUCUACAGGUGUAAAGGAAUUAGAUACUCUCAGUGAAAAGGAAGUUUCUAAAGAUGAACAGAAGGAAGCAAACAGGACAACAUCCUUCACAGAAAUGGCAAGACGACGUAAGAGAAAUGGUGGACACUGUAAUCAUAGCUGCAGCUGUGUUUUUGGAUCUCCCAACUCGUAUUACAGCACUGAUCUUAGCAAUACAAACAUCCCGAAUGUUAGCUUUGGAUGUUUUGAUUAUACUUCAAUGAUUGCAGAUACACCUCCUCCUCCACCUCCAAGACCAUUGCCCCCUUGUCCACCAAUCGCCUCCAACCCUCCUGAACUUCCUCCUCUCAAGCCAUGCACUCUACCCGCCAAUGCUUCUCGUCCUGACAGAUUUGACUGGUUGAUAGCCUUCACCCCAGAUACAGAGUCACCACCUCUUGAGAUGCGAAAAUCAUCAAAUGAUGCCAUAUUGCAAAAAGGCCCAACUUCAACUUCAGGAUCAAAAGUCACAACCUUUAAAGAAUUACGCAACAGAAGCAAACAGAGCUACCCACCAGCUCAUAUUCAACCAGAACCUGAUCCAACUGUUAUCACCCCAGACCCUGAUUUCCUGUACAACCUCAAAUGGAGAAGAGAAAAGAUUGAUGGGAAUGGCUGGGAAUAUACUUCCCAAGCACAAGCCUCAUUUCUUCAGCCUCCACCCACUCCUGCCUCAUUGUCCCUAUUUAGGGAAAUGUGCCGCCUGAAUAAACAAGAAGAUUGUCCAGCAGAACCCAAAGUGUCCCAACAACUUGGCUGUUCAGUAAGUGAAGGCAGCCUAAGAACUAUUUGUGAUGAAAGAGAUAAAGCUGUUCACACCAAGAAGAUGGAUGAUGAAAAUAAAGUGGAAGUUAGGGGAUUGGCAGAUGGAGCAUGGACUUUGGAAACCAGGACAACAGUGUCCUCACCUCCCUUGUCCCUCUCCUCGACUUCGCCUUAUUAUCUGCACUCUGCUCCCCUGUCACAAGCCUCUCAGUUUUACCACACUGACACUGACAGGGAUCGUGCCGUGACCCGUUGUGAGGGCUCCAUAAACUUCUCGAACCCGUUAUGCUUAAAUUACACUUUAGACUGCAUCAAAGAUGACAAUACUGACUCCCUGUACUGUGCGGGCCCAGAAAACAAUAAGUCUUUGUUCUGUAAACAAGAGAAUGAUCUCAAUGGUAAUAUGGAUUCUCUUUACCACCACUGUAAUCAUGCUGACAGUCUUCUAGACUCUUUAUCUGUCUGUGGGCAUGAUCGUGACAGCACAAAAAACAGCUUCUGUCCACAUAACAGCGGAGUAAAUUCAAUCAGAAAUCAUGGUUCACUUUACAGUGAUGCCAGAUACACAAGAAGUAGCCUGAAGCUGUUCACUGACCCUGAACCACCAACUGACAUUAACACUCUCACUGAGGGCGACAUAACACCGUACAAAAACAUUGAUAUGCAAACUUACAUAACUAUGCGAAACCUCAAAAAUCAGAGCUAUGUGAACAAAAACAGUUAUAAAGAUACCAACUUACUGUUUGAUUUGAACUCAGACAACACUGAUGACUCAAAACCACCAAUCAACCCAUUUUUAGACCAAAACAGCAAUGAAAACACAACACAGCAGCUUGUAUCUUUCCCUGCUUACUACCUUUAUCACCCCAAUAACUGCCCUUUGCAUAAAGGCGCCCCCCCACGGCUGUCCCCUGUUGGAGCGAUCUCACCUCCCCACAGGUCUGGGCCUCCAGUUCCAGGCACAGAUGUUGCCCGUCUCUGUUCACCCCUGUUCCCCCGCAGUCGCACCCUUCCUGCCCUUGCUGCCCCCCUUUACUACCCUUAUCUGUACACUCCCCCUGUUCAAGCCCCUCUGCGGGAACCAUCGGUCCCCAUACUCCACUCUCAGCAGACUCCACCACCGCUCACUUUGACAUUUCGCAGCUUCUCAUUCGCUGGCUCUGAGCAGAAGAACGUUGCCUGGAUGGGAGAAGAUGUGAGGCCCUCACUGAGUGCUGAAGGGCUGUCUUCUGCCUGCCUGCAAGAAAAGAAAACUCUUGUCAAUUCAGUAAGUGUGGCAGUGGAAGCCAUCUUGGCUCAGUUCAAUUUGUCCAGGACUGUUGUGCAGAAGUUUCACUCAGUAGAUAAGACUCUUUCUGGAGACAGCAGUGUAAAUCCCGCUCUGGGUCGUCUGGUACUGCAGUGCCUUUGCCCAGCCCUGCGCAGCCUGCUCUCUGAUGGACUCAAGCCCCACCAGAGUGACCUCAUUGCAGGCAGAAGGCCAAAUACACCCUGGGGGUUGGUUCAGGCCUCCACCAGACCAGGCCCGAGCACACAGGCUUUGCACAGCCUCCAGACUAAAGUAGCAGGGCUUCCUCAGCUUAGGCAGAGCAGACACAGGUUCAACGCAUUCCUGUUUGGCCUUCUUAAUGUCAAGCUCCUGGACUGCUGGCUUUCACAUCUGCAGUCCUGCAGUGAUGUGUUGGAGACAUAUUACCGGCCCACUUCCUUCAUGCGUCUGUCACUAACUUCUUGCCAGUCUCUUUUUGAGGAGCUUCUCCUCCUCCUGCAGCCUCUCUCUCUUCUGACCUUUAACCUCGACCUGCUGUUUCAGCAUCACCACCUUGACCCCUCCUCCCCAACUCUCACCCCAGCCAGUCAGACAUCUGAGAUAUAUUGCCCACCAAAUGAAGAGUUCAGCUUCCACUUGUCACCCAAGGGGCUUUUCCAAGGAAGACGUCUUGGAAGCGAGUUAGAGCAAGACCAUGGCAGUUUGGGUUUAGCCACCAAUCCUAAUUCAGGUCUCACGAGUCACGUUCUUGAUGUGUCAGCUUAUCGCAAUCCAAUUUCGCUGUCAUCAGACGUCACCAAGGAGGAAGCCAAUCCGCCAUUAUCAUUGUUUAAAGGGAAUGACAUCUCCAUACCUCUUAAUGCAGGAAGCAUUUCCCAACAGGCAGGCCAGGCUCUUCAGCAAGGCUGGGGGGCAGUAAUGCGUUUGGGGGAGCGUUUUGGGCAAAACUUUGGAUUGGCCACCACCACAGAGGAUGUUAAAGGUCCAAACUCACCAGAAGACUGCAAGACUGGCUUCUCACUGAAUCUGAAAUGUCCAGAUGAAAACAGGCAGGAACCAAGAGAUGACCUUUCCUUGAGGGAUAGUGGAGCUGCUGUUCCCUGGGGUCUGGGACGUCUAUUUGGUGCUUCUAAGAGCCCCAACAACCCACCAACAAGCAGGCGCCCAUCUCAGUGGCUCUCCCCAGGCUUGUCUGCCCUUUCCCGCUUAGUUAAUCUUGGCCAGGGUCCUCCACCUGAGAAGAGAGAGCCCCAGAGAAGCAAAGAUAAGGAGGAAGAUGAAAAUGAAAAGAUUAAUGAAACCAGAGAUCAGCCAAACCCCUUGAGGAUGGUCAGGACUCUGUGUGACCACACAGGCACAGGAGCAGAGCUGAGCUUCGGUAAGGGGGAGGAGCUUGUCCUGUUGGGAGGCGUGGACCACGAUUGGAUCCGAUGUCGUCAAGGUCACAAGGAAGGCCUUGUUCCCAUUGGUUAUGCUUCACUUAUCAUGUGACUUCUUUUUAAUUGUAUGUUUGUGUGAAAGAAUAUCAGGGGAUAAUGUAUAAGGAAAAAGACCAUAUAUAGAUGUAGUUAUUAGUAGCUGUGUUACGUGUUUAUCUGUUUAUCUCUGACCUUCGUUGCCUGGUUUGUGACGUCUGGAAUAUUUUUUGUGAUAUUGGAAACAUAAUUACUCUAUAAAUUAUAUAUAUAUAUAUCUAUAUUUCACAAAGAUAGAUAGAAAGAUAAACAAGAAAUAGAAAUGAGUAAAGAAUAAGAAUCAAGUUUAACAGUCAUGACAAAAAAUGUCCUAUACACCCUUUUAUUAUCUCAUUUGCCAGGAACAUUUUGUUUGAAGACCGACAUUAUUAUUCUCUUGUUGUUAUUAUUGUAACUCUCAAUGGUAACAGUCAAAUAUAAUACAGUAGAGUGGUAGUGUGUAGAUGAUUCUUUUCUGUUUCUUACAGUGUGAUGGCUACUGUGGUGAGAUACUUGGCUUGAAAGUGACUAUGCAUACUCUGUACUGUACUGUUUAUGAGGCUUGUUGCUGGGGAAACCGUAUAUGAUUGAAAGCAUUCAUGAUUUUCGUUUGAAUGGAUAUUCUGCAUCGCUAUAAGGCUUUGAAUCAGAGGUUUACAUACUAAACCUGCAUGGAUGUGUAUGAAUGUGUGUAGCAAAUGUCAGGUAAUCAUCAAUACAACUUAUUUGUGAUACAUUCGCUCAAACUACAAACGCUUCAUGCUGAAGGAAUAGGUCGGGAUUUUAGUGGCUGUUGUGGUUUGAAAUAGAGCUUGCUUAUUCUUGUUCAUUAAAUGGCCCUCUGUGUUUCUCACAGGUGAAUGCUCAUGUAUAGUAUGAAUUUCAGACACGCCUCUGAUUUGGCACUGCUAAUCAAAAAUAUAUUCAGACAAAUGAAAGAUUACUCUUGUCAUGUUAGUGUGCCAGUCCGCAUGGAGCACAGCUUUGCCCAUCACACCACAUAAUGAUAUGCAUUCUGGAUUAUCCCAACCAAUAGCAAGAAACCAGUGGGCUACAGUAGCAGUAACCAGUUCACACUGAUACAUAUACAUAAGAAUCUUGAAAAUUGAACUGAAAAUGAAUCUAUAGGAUUAAUGUUUGUAUGAGUAUGUAAAGGGACAACUGGUAUAGUUUUUAGGAUAUAGUUUAGGAGAAAACACAAUAUGAUAGAUAAGUCUUUGAGAAGUCAGCUUUGUUAUUGGCUUGAGCUUUAAUGUCACUGUUUUAAAAACAAAGAAAAUAUAAUAAAAUAUGGUUUGAGAAGCAAGCAGCAGGGCUUGGAAGAAGAAAAAAAAAUCAUAUAUAGUGUUAUAGUCUUUCCUCACAGGGCAAACUGCAAUUAUGCAUGACUUUUUAAAAUUAUUAUCAUCAUUAUUUGUUAUUUCAGUUCGUUUAUAAUUGUGACAUUUGAAUUAAAUUAGUAUGUUCUGGAGAAAGAGACUGCUAUGUCACAUUAUAAAUAGAGGUUACUUAUUGUUUGUGGUUAAUAUACCAUUAUAUCGAUCUGUUUUUUAUCUGUUCCUCUUGUCUAUCUCUCUAUCUAUCUCUUUGUGUGGUAAUGAGUUGUGUAGCUCUGUAGUAUUGCCCAUCGCUGGUUGCACACUUAAAGCAUAUUAUGUACUGUACCAACUCUCGAGUUCUGUAAUUCCCUGUGAAUCAGCUCUAUGCAUGUUGGUGUUUGUAAAUAUACCCAAUAAAAUAUUAAAAUAAA